CGGGUGGGGGAAGGGCAGAUGCGGCGUCUCAAGCGCACCGCCUAGUCUAUGGCAGACUCUAUGGAGGCUCGCUACGGGACGCCGAGGGAAAAACCGCAGAGCCUUUCUCGGGAAUAAAAAAAGAAGAAAACCGUCAUUUUUUAGGCACAGAAUGAUAUAAAUGGGCGGGUUUGGAAAGGGCUGGCAUACGAGAGGAUAGCCGGGGCCGGCGCAGCGAUGUGCGGGGCCGAGAUUGCACUGAGACGACGCAUCGUGUUGCUUUUGUUGCGCCGAUUACGAUUUGAGAAGGUGUCCCCGUUUCAGCCACCCAGCUUGUAAAUUGUUCUAAAAGGAAAAGGACAACAAACGGGGGAAAUGACCAUGGCCGGGACCAAUGCCUUCUUCUCCAACGGACCCGGCGCCUGGAUAGAGAACGACGCCGAGGUUAACAACCUUUACAGGGACCUGGAGCUGGGCACCGUCCUGACUCUCUAUUACUCCAAAAAGUCCCAGCGGCCGGAGAGGAGGACAUUUUCGGUGAAGCUGGAGACCCGGCAAAUCAUCUGGACCCGAGGCACGGAUAAAAUCGAGGGCGAGAUCGACAUCCGGGAGAUCAAGGAGAUCCGGUCCGGCCAUAAGUCCCGAGACUUCGAGCGCUAUGUGGACGACUCGGCGACCCGGCCCGAUCAGGCCCACUGUUUCGUCAUCCUGUAUGGCACAGAGUUCCGUCUUAAAGCGGUCAGCCUCGCCGCUACGUCGGAUGAGGAGAUGUCCAUGUGGGUGAAAGGCCUGAUGUGGCUGGUGGCCGACACGCUGAGUUCUCCCACGCCGCUGCAGAUCGAACGGUGGCUGAGGAAGCAGUUUCACGCAGUCGAUCGGAACAGAGAGGAUAAGAUUUCCUGCAAGGAUCUGAAGAGCAUGCUGGGUCAGGUUAACUACCGGGUCCCCAACAUGAGGUUCCUGCGAGAGAAGUUUCCGGACGUGGAGUUGAGGAAUGGAGACGUGAAUUACAGCCAGUUUGCCCAGCUGUACCGAAGCUUGAUGUUCGAUGCCCAGAAAUCUAUGGAAAUUCCGUUCUUACAGAGGUUUGUCGAGAGGUCGGAUCAGCUGAAGGUCUCGCUCAGCGAUUUCCAGCACUUCCUUUCAGAAUGUCAGAAAGAACAGUGGGCCACAAACAUUACCCAGGUCCAAGAGUUCAUGUCCAGCUACCUGAGAGAACCUCUGAGGGAGAUCGAGCAGCCAUUUUUCUACCAGGAUGAGUUUCUCACCUACCUGUUCUCCAAAGAGAACACCAUCUGGGACUCCAAGCUGGACCAGGUGGUCCCUGAGAACAUGAACAACCCCCUGUCCCACUACUGGAUUUCCUCAUCUCACAACACCUACCUGACGGGUGACCAGUUCUCCAGCGAAUCAUCAUUGGAGGCGUACGCUCGCUGUUUGAGGAUGGGCUGUCGAUGCAUCGAGCUGGACUGCUGGGACGGCCCAGAUGGAAUGCCAGUCAUCUACCACGGGCACACGCUCACCACCAAGAUCAAAUUCUGUGAUGUCUUGAAUACCAUCAAGGAGCAUGCCUUUGUCUCGUCUGACUACCCAAUCAUCCUCUCCAUUGAGGACCACUGCAGUAUCGUUCAGCAGAGGAUCAUGGCUACCUUCUUCAAGAAGAUCUUCGGGGAUAUGCUGCUGACGAAGGCGGUGGAUAUCUCUGCCGACGGCCUCCCGUCGCCCAACCAACUCAAGAGGAAGAUCCUAAUAAAGCACAAGAAGCUGGCAGAGGGCAGCGCCUAUGAGGAAGUGUCGACCUCCACGCCGUAUUCAGAGAACGACAUCAGCAACUCCAUCAAGAAUGGAAUCCUGUACCUGGAGGAUCCCAUUAACCACGAGUGGUACCCUCAUUUCUUCGUCCUUACAAGCAGCAAAAUCUACUACUCGGAGGAGACCUCAAGUACUCAGGGCAAUGAGGAUGAGGAGGAGCACAGAGAGGUGUCCAACGGCAUGGACCAGCACGUGACUGAGAAGUGGUUCCACGGGAAGCUGGGUGCUGGGCGGGAUGGCCGGCAGAUCGCGGAGAGGCUGCUGUCAGAGUACUGCCUGGAGACGGGCGCUCCAGACGGCUCCUUCCUGGUGCGCGAGAGUGAGACCUUCGUUGGAGAUUACACCCUGUCUUUCUGGCGCUCUGGUCGGGUGCAGCACUGCCGCAUCCACUCCCGCCAGGAGGCCGGCAGCCCCAAGUUCUACCUGACGGACAACCUGGUCUUCGACAACCUGUUUGCCCUCAUCACACACUACCAGCAGGUGGCGCUGCGCUGCAACGAGUUUGAGAUGAAGCUGACUGAGCCUGUACCUCAGACCAACGCGCAUGAGAGCAAGGAGUGGUACCACGCGAACUUGUCGAGGGGCCAAGCAGAAAACAUGCUGAUGAGGGUUCCUCGGGAUGGAGCCUUCCUCGUGAGGAAGAGGACAGAGUCCAACUCCUUCGCCAUCUCCUUCAGGGCGGAGGGGAAGAUUAAGCACUGCCGGGUGCAGCAGGAGGGCCAGACAGUGGUGCUGGGCACCUCGGAGUUCGACAGCCUGGUGGAUCUCAUCAGCUACUACGAAAAACACCCCCUCUACCGGAAGAUGAAGCUGCGAUACCCCAUCAAUGAGGAGACCCUGGAGAAGAUUGGCACCGCGGAGCCUGAUUAUGGAUCCCUUUAUGAGGGACGCAACCCUGGGUUCUAUGUGGAAGCCAAUCAAAUGCCAACUUUCAAGUGCACCGUGAAGGCUCUGUAUGAAUACAAGGCCCAGCGGGACGACGAGCUGUCUUUCAGCAAGAACGCCGUCAUCCAGAAUGUGGAGAAACAGGAGGGAGGCUGGUGGAAGGGUGAUUGCGGCGGGAAGAAGCAGUUCUGGUUCCCUGCAAAUUACGUGGAGGAGAUCAGCCCUGCUACAGUAGAGCCGGACCGAUUGGCAGCCACAGAGAACAGCCCUCUGGGGGAUCUGCUGAGGGGUAGUGUGGAUGUGUCGUCCUGUCAGAUCGUUGUGAGACAAGAAGGCAAAGGCAGCAGGCCCCACGUCUUCUCCCUGCUCAUGGGCUCUGGUCAGCGGCCCGGUAACUUCCUGGACAUUGCCGCCAACAGUCAGGAUGAACUCAAGGAGUGGGUCACGAAGAUCCGGGAGGUUGCCAUGACUUCGGAGGCCAAGCUGGAAGAGGGUAAAAUAAUGGAAAGGAGGAAGAGGAUAGCCCUGGAACUGUCUGAGCUUGUUAUCUACUGUCGGCCAGUGCCGUUUGAUGAAGACAAGAUCGGGACGGAACGGGCCUGUUAUCGGGACAUGUCGUCCUUCCCCGAGACCAAAGCAGAGAAAUACGUCAACAGGAUCAAGGGCAAGAAGUUCCUGCAGUACAACCGACUGCAGCUGUCCCGCAUCUACCCCAAGGGCCAACGCCUGGACUCCUCCAACUACGACCCUUUACCCAUGUGGCUGUGUGGCAGCCAGCUGGUGGCGCUGAACUUCCAGACUGCAGACAAACCCAUGCAGAUGAACCAGGCUCUCUUCAUGCUAAAUGGGCGGAGUGGUUACGUGCUACAACCGUCCAUCAUGAGGGAUGACAACUUUGACCCGUUUGACCGGAACUCUCUGCGAGGAGUGGAGCCCAUCACCCUAAAUAUAGAGGUGUUGGGGGCACGGCACCUGCCCAAGCAUGGGCGAGGCAUCGUGUGCCCAUUGAUCGAGAUCGAAGUCUGUGGGGCUGAGUACGACAAUGCCAAGCAGAAGACUGACUCUGAAGCGGAUAACGGCCUCAACCCCACGUGGCCACGGAAACCAUUCCGAUUCACCAUCUGCAACCCCGAGUUUGCAUUCCUGCGAUUCGUGGUGUACGAGAUCGACAUGUUCAAUGACCAAAAUUUCCUCGCCCAGGCUACCUUCCCAGUCAUCGGCCUUAAAAAGGGGUACAGGUCCGUCCCACUGAAGAACAGCUACAGCGAGGACCUGGAACUGGCUUCCCUUCUGGUGCACAUGGACAUCAUCAAAGGCAGACAAGAGAACACUGAGAUGACCGGUGUCCCCCUUGGGGCCACAGCGGCAGUCUCGGGCCACAUGGGCAGGGACAGACUGGCAGAUGUGGCCUCCCUCUCCCCGCUGGCUGCCCCCCCAGGCCAGGCCCUGGCCUACCGGGGGCGCGACGGCUCCUUCGAGGCCCGUUACCAAACACCCCUGGAUGAAUUCCGGGUGUCCCAGGAGCCUCUGUUGGACCACAUUGACGCUCAGAACAGACGACUGAACCGCAGGACCAAAGUUGGUGGAGAGAACAGGGUGUAGGCUGAGAAGCAGUGGACCACUGGAACUUUGGUCGCUGAUGGCGGUGGUCUUGUAGAGAAAUGUUGAUGUUGUGCUGGCUGCCAAUCUUUGAACCAGCCCCCCCCC